UCCAAUCCCUGCCAUCCAAAACUCCCAGUAUUCCCGGUUUCCUGUCCCGUUAUUCCUCCAUAUCAGCCGUCUGACCCACUGAACUGAAACUGAAGAGCGGAUGUUGUUAUUAUGGACGGAAUUCCAACAUGAACUGAAGUAUCUUCAUCUGCCCUGCAAAUAAACGCUGCGUGGUGUGCAGCAUCAGUGGACAGAGGUGUGGAUGUAGCGAUGGUGCUGGAUCUGGGUGAAAACUGCAUGGAGCAGGCUAAUGGAGGAGGGCUCGCAAACAAUGUGUCAGAGAUGUUAGAACCAGAGCCCAGUCCAGAAAAACCCAAACCGGUCAGAGCCAGGGCAAGCAGUGUCACCCAAAGAGAAAAAGCAGCUCAUAAUGGGCCACAUGUGCCAACUUGUACCUCCGGGGAAAGCAGUUCCCAAGUUCAGAGAAGGCUCCAGAAGACAGAAAGCAGAAAUAAAGGAGAACAGCCGCCGUGUCGAAGGCCACUUAGUCUGGAAAUCAAACCACAGCGAGUUCGGGCUACACAACCUGCAGUGCAGAAGACCAUGAAGCCGCCAUGGCGUACCGGUGGCCCUUCUCCACCAAUGAGAAGCCUCACAAGCCUUAGUUUGGGGCCAGGAAACUGGCUUCGGCGGAGCGAGAGCACGUGCACCAUGAUCUCCUCUACACCUCCACGUGCGGGAAGAGCUCAGAUGAGACCUGCAACCUCCCUGCCUCAUAUUGCCAGGGGUAUCGCUUCACUCCCUUCACCUUCCACACCUCGCGGGCCUUGUCUGCUUGUGGCUCUGCGUCCUGUAAACCUGGAGCAGGAGCGUCAGACCUUUUUUCAGUCCGACUAUCAAUAUGAGCCCCAGUUUGAAUACUCCUCCCCGGAGCCCGUCAGUGUUUUGGAGAAGUACAAAGAGGGUUCUAGCCUCUUUCUGUCCCAGGCGGUUGGGAUUAUGGAGUGUGUGUUGAGGAAAUUUGAGACAUACGAAAACUUUGAGGAGGUCACAGGGGGCAACUUGCUACCGAAGAGUCAAGUGUGGGCAGCAACACGCAAGUACCUACAGAAGGAGGGCUGUGUUGGUGAGGUGGUUGUAAGUCUCUCUGAUGAGCUUCUGUCCCAGGCGGUAAUGAUGGUGGAGCGUUGUCGACCAACACUAACCAUUAACCUGUCAGGAGCACGUCAGCACUGGCUUGAGGGCAUGCUAAGACACGAGAUCGGCACACAUUACUUACGGGGUGUGAAUAACAGCAUGCAGCCGUGGGCCACUUCUGUUGGGAGAAAGCAGUUUGGACUGAAACCAGCUAAUCCGACCGAAGAGGGGCUCGCUAGUCUUCACAGUGUGUUGCUUCGGAAGCAGCCCUUCCUGUGGAGAGCCGCUCUGCUUUAUUACACUGUAUACCAUGCCACAAACAUGAGCUUUAGCCAACUGUUCAGCCAUAUCGCUCGCUUUGUCCAGGAUCCUGCUGUACGCUGGGAAUACUGCCUCCGUGCCAAACGGGGACAAACUGAUACCUCUAAACCAGGUUGCUUCAGUAAGGAUCAAGUCUACCUUGAUGGGAUUUUAAGGAUUUUACGCCACAGGAGAAACAUUGAUUUUAAGAUAUUAACUGCUCUUGGCAAGGUUUCUUAUGAAGAUGUGGAGAGACUUCGGCAUUCGGCUGUUCUACAUGGAACCAGGAUCCCACACUUCAUGCAGGACGAGGAACGGUACCUUCAACACCUCGACCACAUAGUCACAGUGAAUGAACUAAGUGAUGCAGAGCUUCGAGAGCUCAUUCCAUGAAGAUUUAGUGUUAGGCUUCCAUUUACAAACCAUCAUUGUUGCAAAAAAAAAAGAAGCCUUUUUUAAUAUAUAAUUUUACCCAGGCCAAAAACACAACGGUCUCUGCAAAGCUAAGGUUUUUAAAACAUCAAGUUGAUUUUAUCUUGGGUUUUAUUAAUUUUUUUUUAUUUAUCGAAGGCAUGAUCCAUGAUGAUCAGUAUUAAAUACAGCAUGGUUGUGUCCAAUGACUGAUGUAGUAAUUUGCUACAUCAAGUGCCAUAUUACUCGGCAAGUCUGUUUACAAAUACAAUGAUUGUCUGUUUUGUAAAACCAUAUGACUCUCAGGCAUGGCAGACAUGUUUGUUUUUGGAUUCUCGCAUACGUAAGGUAUGUUCGGAAUAGCAUACUACCAUACUCAUACCAGAUUUGUAGUAUACCGUGUACUGACAUGCUAAAUUUCAUAAUACAUGGUGUAGUACAACAAGCCAAAUUGUGCAAUAUACAAUCACAGUACUGUGUUAAGUACUGUAAUGCAAUGAGCAAAACUUGAUCUUCUCUUUCCAGUGCUGAACUGAAAUACUGCUUUUUUCUCUUGAUUGAUCCAACUGAACAAAAUGGGAAUGCCAAGUAUUUGUGCUGGCAAUUGGAUACACUUUUUUAAAACAUGCAAUGUACUUUGCAUACUAUUUUUAACAUACUACAAGGAAGUACUCUAGUAUUCCAUUCCGAACGCCUCAUACUCAUAAGAAGCUGAAAGAUGGUCACGUAGCAUUUUAACUGCACCCAUAAUGUAAUGGGCACAUGCUACAGUCUUGUAGUUAUUGAUAUCACACAGGCAGAACAAUAUGAGCACUGAAUCGAAUAAUCCACCCAGCCAGUAUUUAUAUAAUCUCUUUGAGCACUUCGUUUAGCGUUUUCUGUUAGGUUCUUCUAUUAGAGGAUUUGGAAAGUUUUGUUUCUGCUAUUAUUUAUUUUAUUUAUUCUUUGUUUUCCUCCUGUAUUCACGUUAAGCACUGAAUGUCUGUGGUAUUAGCUUUAUACACAGUAAGCAGUUUUCUUCUACUUAGUAUAGCAAGCAAUGCAAAAAGACACCAAGGCUGAUUGAGCUCAGCAAAACGUUUACUAGAAUUACACUAAGGAAAGAAUUGCCUUAAUUUCCCAUCAGAGCUUAUGAAAUAGUUCUUAAAGUGCCUCUAUUAUGGAUUAUAAAAUAUUAAUAUUUUGAUCUAGGGCAUCCAUAACAACAGGCUGAAAUGCAUGAAAGGUCAAAAACACUUUCAUUGUGUUAUAAAAUACACUUAUUUUUACCGUAUUGUCCCAACAACUUCUAUUUAAUAUGUUUGGUGAUAAAUUUUUCCAAACUUCUCCUUUGUGUGACAAUAAUGGACCCAUUUACAUCUCCAGAUUUCUCAGUAGCGGAAUUCGUCUUAGUUGGUAAACUUAGAGUGCAGUGAAUGGAAGAGUACAACAAAGCAUUUUUUUACAAUCCCAGUUGCUGAAAUAAUAAAAGAAAAUCUCCACGAUGGUGUUAUCAAGACUUUCAGAUAUAGAGAAAAUAAAUGUUUGAGACUGAUACCAGCAGCCAGAAGAUAGAACAACAUCAAAUUUACUGUCCUGUCCAUGGACACUGCAUUAGAAACACCUCGACUAGCGUACAAGGGUAUAGAUGAUAUAGACCAUUUCAAUGUGGUGAUGUCAUUGGCCCAUGAACAUUUCCUGCUUGUUAUCAAACUAUUUCAUAACUGUAACAAAAGGCAAUUCAGUCAUAACUUAAUGUUAAAAUAGCUGUCAUAACAUUAUCAACAUUUGACUUUUUGGAUUUUCGGAAGCUAUAGAAUUUAAAAAUGUGAAACAGAAAGUACGUUGGGAUCAUUGUUUUUGUUUGCAUCCCUCAAAAUGGUCUAUAAUACAUUCAUGAAUACAUAUAAAUGUUCAUAAGUUAAAAAAAUAUAUAUUAAUAUUUAAAACUUUCAAGGAUUUAAGAUUAUAAUGACCAUUAAACGCGUCAUAACAGUCAUCUCAAAAGGGUCCAUGUGCAGUGAUUGGUCCGAUGACUGUUUGUUGUGAUUGGUGUACAGCAUUCUGCUGCAUGAGAGCCUUAGUUAACAAGUUCAAGCAAUCGAUAUCAAUGUGUUUCGUAGCGCAGUGCUUUCCGUGUCCGGUGUGAAACUUGCUUUCACCGGUUAACCAGAAGCCUACAAGCUGUGCAGAGCUCACAGAACUAAACACAUAUUUUGGAUACUACAGAGAACACGGCAACCAUUUUAAUCACACAUACAGGUUAUGGUUCGUAGGAAGAAGAAGCUGAUUAGAAAAAAACAUACGAAAAACAGGGUACUAACAAAGUCGCAAGUACAUCUAAUGCUGUUCCCUCCUAUAAUAACAAACGGCUAAUAAAUCCCACAUUGUAGGUUACUGUAGCAGUGAUCAGUUUAAUGACAGUUAACACAAGGUUGGGGCUAUACUGUGGUGUUGUUGUGCAAAAUGACCCAGCCUCAUCUUUAGGGAGUAAAAAAAAAAAAAAAGAUUUUCCCUCACAGAGCAAAGCACAACAUCUUUGCACCAUAAUGCAAUCCUAUUCCCCGCAAUCCGAUACAGUGGUUGUGGGAGAGGGGUUCAAGAUUUCCUGGGUCUGGAUGUGCAAGAAGUGGGCGGGCAAUGUUUCGUUCAGACGUCAUGACAAAACUAUGAAAACCCAUUUCUGCCACUGAAUAAUAAUAAUAAAACUAAGUUAUUGUGACUUUUUAAGUCUGAAUUCUUUGAUAAAAAGUCACAAUUCUGAUAUAUAAAGUCUGAAGAAUUCAGAGACCUGACUUAAAAAGUCACAAUAAACAUUUUUUAUUCAGUGGCGGGGACAGGCUUCCAUAUGAAACAACAAUUCAAAUGGAUGACGAUUUACAUCAACAACUCUGUCAACUCUUGCUUUUUGAGUCAAGGACUUUAUAUAGGGUGCACUUUUAGAUUUACAACUUAGGUGGACGUUUUCAUGCACUUAGAGCUGUUACACAGCAUGAAAUGUAAUUUUCGAAAAUCCAUAAUAGUGGCACUUUAAAUAAUUGUUCAGAGGAGAGAGUUUACUCUUGUUGAACACAAAUGAUAUUUUGAAGAAUUGUUGGAAACCAUUGACAUCCAUACUAUAUUUUUUCCUGCUAUGGAUAUCAAUGGCUAACAGUAUUUCGGUUGAUAAUCAUUGUUCUUCAGUUAGCACCCUUGGUGUCUUCAUUACCCAUGCUAAUGUGAUGUGGCACGUUUAUAAGGGAGCUGCCACUGCAUCCUCUGCCUUUCGUACCUGUUUAAAGCAGUCCAGCUUCCUCACUGUGUAUAUGAAGAUUGUGACGGACUCAGGAAGAAAAAAACAAUGGGAGGUCAUGUGGAUGUGCCUUAUAUGGGUUCAAAACUCAUGUGUCAUGUCAUAGCUACAUGUUAUAUGCUUGAAAUUACAUAUCCAUUUGUAUUUAUUACCACUGUCAGUAUUGCACGAAUAUUGCACAUUUCACGCUAGGUUGCAGUUAUCCAAUUAAAUUGUACACUAUG